AAUAUAAAUGUGAAUCAAAACUUUAAUUUAUGUAGGUAGGUUAUAAUCUUUAUAUUAUUCUAGCAUGUCUCGUCUGUAGUGUCAGUAGAUGUCGCUCAACAACAGACUGGGAGCUGAACCAGCGCUGGAGCAGUGACUAAAAUAAGCUAAUUGUAUUCUGGACUUUGCUUCAUUGAUUUCCCUUGAUCCAGCUGGUACUGUGGCACAGCUUCGAUUAGUGCUCCUCUCUGAACAACUGCCAGUGUAAAAGUGUUGUAGUGUUGUUCUUUCAGAGAAUGUCUGAGAGACAGGGACUGAGGGCAGACUCCACCCACUUCACUUUAGAUGGAGCCCCAUUUCGGAUCCUCGGAGGCUCCAUCCAUUACUUUCGGGUCCCCAGGGCAUACUGGAGAGACCGGCUGCUCAAACUCAAGGCCUGCGGUCUCAAUACUCUCACCACGUACGUCCCGUGGAAUCUACAUGAACCAGAGAGAGGAGUUUAUCUUUUUCAGGAGGAGCUGGAUCUUGAGGCCUACAUUCGUCUAGCAGGGGAAUUAGGACUUUGGGUGAUUCUGCGUCCGGGGCCGUACAUAUGUGCCGAGUGGGAUUUGGGUGGGUUACCAAGCUGGCUGCUGCAGGAUAAGAAAAUGAAAUUAAGAACGACCUACUCUGGUUUCACAAGUGCUGUGAACUCGUACUUUGAUAAACUCAUUCCGAGAGUCACACCACUCCAGUAUAAGAAUGGAGGCCCUAUUAUUGCUGUUCAAGUAGAGAAUGAAUAUGGUUCAUAUGCAAAGGAUGAGCAAUACAUGUCAUUCAUCAAAGAGGCGUUACUGUCCCGGGGAAUCUCCGAGCUUCUCCUCACAUCAGACAACCAUGACGGGAUGAAGUGUGGAGGGGUAGAUGGAGUCUUGCAGACAGUGAACCUACAGAAACUGACGUUUGGUGAUGUACAGCAUUUAGCAGAAUUGCAGCCACAGAAGCCGCUGAUGGUGAUGGAAUACUGGUCUGGCUGGUUUGAUGUCUGGGGGGAACCUCAUCAUGUUUUCUCUGCGCCAGAAAUGAUCUCUAUAGUGCGAGAGCUUCUGGAUCGUGGCAUCUCCAUCAAUUUCUACAUGUUUCAUGGAGGAACCAGCUUUGGAUUCAUGAACGGAGCUUUGGACUUGGGAACCUACAAACCACAGACGAGCAGCUACGAUUAUGAUGCUCCACUCACUGAAAGCGGUGAUUAUACAACCAAGUAUCAUCUCUUGAGGAGCCUGCUGAGCACCUACAGCAAUGAGCCGAUAUCAGAGCCGCCAGCUGUGCAGAGCAGAAGAGCAUAUGAGCCGCUGACAGUCACUCAUUAUAUUUCACUAUGGGAGAGUCUUCAGUGUGCAGAAACUCUUUUCAGAGCUGAUGAUCCUGUUAACAUGGAGAGCCUUCCUGUGAACCACAACAAUGGUCAGUCCUAUGGAUACACUCUCUAUCAGACUGACAUUUAUUCAGGUGGAGAUCUCAACUCAAGGAACCAUGUUCGUGACAGAGCUCUAGUGUUUAUUGACCGGGAACUCAUUGGUGUUUUAGAUUAUAGAACACAGAAAGUUAAAAUACCUCAAAGUAAGAGUGAGAGGACCUUGAGUUUGCUUGUUGAGAACUGUGGACGAGUGAACUAUGGUCCAGCUCUUGACAACCAACAGAAAGGGCUUGUUGGUGAUAUAACUCUGGAUAAUGUACCUCUAAAAAAGUUCACAAUGCACUGUUUGGAUAUGAAGACCAGUUUCAUUAACAGACUGCAGUCUCAGAAAUGGACGUCUGUUGGUACAAAGCCCACCUACCCUGCGUUUUUCAGAGGAUCCCUGGUAGUGGAUCAGCCCACAGAUACUUUUUUGAAGCUGCCAAAUUGGAAUAAAGGAGUGGUUUUUGUGAACGGGCAUAAUCUUGGACGCCACUGGUCAGUUGGUCCUCAGAAAGCCCUCUAUCUUCCUGGUCCCUGGCUCAGGAGUGGAGAUAAUGAGAUUGUUGUUUUUGAGGAACUCAAAGCUGCGGAAACAAUCAGUUUUGCUGAAAAUCUUGAAUAUGGCAAGACCGUCGACGUAUCUACACAACUGUUUUGCACCCUCAUAUGAAACACACCUGCAGCGUAACAAUGAAUCUCAGGCUUACAUCCAUCAAAACAGAUUUGAACUUGAAUUACUUAAAGCAAGACAUCACAAGUAAAGAGUACAGAUUUAGCAAAGGACUUCCCCAUUUGAUUAAUCAAUUCAAAUAAAGACAGCUGUUUUGUAUUACAGGUUUUCUGAACUAUGUUUGAAUAAGCACCUAAGACAUUAUCGGAUUAAAUAUGUACAAAUUUGCAAACCUUUCCAGAAUAGUAUUCUUAACUCUGGAUAAAGCCAGAUUUUGGAUAUCUCUGUCUAUAACUCUGUGUAUCAGAAAAUACUAUGAAAAGCAGAAAAAAAAAUCACUUUGAACUUAGAACUUUAAACUUAUGUACAAAGAAAAACCCUCUGUAAAAACCUUUAUAAUUUAAAGGGUAAGUUCACCCAAAGUGAAAAUUCUGUCAGUAAUUACUCACCCUCAUGCCGCUCCAAACCUAUCUUCGGAACACAAAUUAAGAUAUUUUUGAUGAAAUCAAAACAUAAACUUAACUCAUAAAAUGUUAUAUUUAAAGUGGUCCAUUUUGGCAGGACACUAAAAAACGUAGCCUUUAAACAUUGUACCAUAAUUUAGACUACAGAUAAAGUAAAAGUAAUCUGUAAUAAAAUAGAUAUUUAAAUUUGAAUUUCAGAUGUUUUCUUUCCUGUAGUUUGAUUAGAAGACAUGUUUUGGAAGCAAACUAGUCCCCCUCCAUUCAUGUAUGUAUGAAUAAAUAAAACUGGCCAUUGCAUGAAAGUUGUAGUGACUUGUCUUAUAAAAUUACACCUGUACCACCUGUAUUAACUUGUCAUGUAUCAUAUAGAUAAGCACAACGUAUAUUACAUGCAACAGUAUUCUCUACAAUAGAAGAGCAUGCUAGACAUAAUACACUCCCAUAAGAGUGCUGAUUUGCUCUGUCAGAUCACUCUUAACUGUUAAGACAACAGUCAAAGACACAUUCCACUAACUGAUGCUGGUACACGGUAUGACAGAGGAGACCUGUUCUUUUCAAAGUAUGUUUUUGGUGAUGAUUAUGGAAGUGUGCUUGCAUUUAAUCUAAUGUUUUCAUCUGAUUAAAAGGGGCAAUGAAGGAUCUGAGGGUUCUUAGCAGCCACCUGUAUGUGUUGCUUUGAGAGAGCAAGCAUACAUUUGUGUUGUGUUUUUUUUUUACUCAUUUAUUCCUCCUUCUUUGAUAACCAUUUAACAAUUAUUCCAUUUAAUCAUAUGAUUAUUUCUAAUAAUACAUUUUAACCAUUUAUAUUUUUUUUUACGGUUGUGUGGUUUCAUGAGAUAUUUGUCUUCACAAGUAAAAAGAUUGUCUCUAUUUCAAGGUUUUUAAUGACACCGGCUGUGUUUGUGAAGCAGUUAUUUUCCAUUGAUUGUGGUAUGAUAACACUUGAUGGAUUUGUACUGAGCAUUGAAAUAUACACAACUAAGAUUAUUCAAUAAACUGCUCCUUUAUAUCAUCA